UCAGGACAGCCGUUUGCUGCCCCGGUGCAUGCUGGUGCCUUCCCCGCUCUUCUGUCGGGAUCCGCCGCUAACGUGAAGCUGCCAUUGAUGUGGUUCUAGUGGUGAGGAUCCAGAGCUUCUUCAGACAUGUCUGUGAGGGAGUCUUUUAACCCUGAAAGCUAUGAACUGGACAAGAACUUCAGGCUCACACGGUUUGCUGAGCUCAAGGGCACAGGCUGCAAGGUCCCCCAAGAUGUGUUACAGAAGCUGCUAGAAACCCUGCAAGAGAACCACUAUCAAGAGGAUGAACAGUUCCUGGGGGCAGUUAUGCCUCGAUUAGGCAUCGGCAUGGACACUUGUGUGAUCCCCCUCCGGCAUGGUGGCCUUUCUCUUGUUCAGACAACAGAUUACAUCUAUCCCAUUGUGGAUGACCCCUACAUGAUGGGAAGAAUUGCUUGUGCCAAUGUUCUAAGUGACCUGUAUGCCAUGGGAGUGACAGAGUGUGAUAACAUGUUGAUGCUUCUGGGAGUCAGCAACAAAAUGUCAGAGAAAGAGAGAGACAAAGUCAUGCCGCUGAUCAUCCAGGGAUUCAAAGAUGCAUCAGAGGAGGCAGGCACAUCCGUAACGGGAGGUCAGACGGUGUUGAACCCCUGGGUAGUGAUGGGAGGGGUUGCAACAACAGUUUGCCAGCCUAAUGAGUUUAUCAUGCCAGACAAUGCAGUGCCAGGAGAUGUGUUGGUAUUGACCAAACCACUUGGAACACAAGUGGCAGUUGCAGUACACCAGUGGCUAGAUAUUCCUGAGAAGUGGAACAAGAUCAAGCUGGUGGUGACCCAGGAGGAUGUAGAGCUGGCUUACCAUGAAGCCAUGAUGAACAUGGCCCGGCUCAACAGAACAGCUGCUGGUCUCAUGCACACCUUCAAUGCUCACGCAGCCACCGAUAUCACAGGGUUUGGCAUCCUUGGUCACGCUCAGACAUUGGCACGACAACAACGAAGUGAGGUGUCUUUUGUCAUCCACAACCUCCCAGUGCUCGCCAAGAUGGCUGCCGUGUCUAAGGCCUGUGGGAACAUGUUUGGACUUAUGCAUGGCACUUGCCCUGAAACAUCAGGAGGCCUGCUUAUUUGUUUACCUCGAGAGCAGGCUGCCCGCUUCUGUGCCGAGAUCAAAUCCCCGAAAUACGGAGAGGGUCAUCAAGCUUGGAUCAUCGGGAUUGUAGAGAAAGGAAACCGCACUGCUCGAAUCAUUGACAAACCACGAAUCAUAGAGGUGGCACCACAGGCAGCCACGCAGAAUGUCAACCCAACACCUGGAGCAACUUCUUAAACCUCCUUUGUUCCGUCACAGACCGGACCCCAAAAGCUCUGAGUGAUUUUAGACACACAAACUACAGAACCAUCGUAGAGUGUUGAAGUAUAUUCACAAAAUAAUAUGUACACAGAAAAGACUGGGUUGGCGUGCAUCAACAUGAAAACAGCUCCACACAGUGGCCCAGGGGGCACUUCAUCACCCAGUGGACUCAACCUGCAGUAUCCCCGUGAUAAAAAUUGGUAUGAAAUAGAGCUUAAACGUCCACUUGCCUUUCUUGUCUGUUGUAUUCUGUUAUGUUAAACAUGCUUGUUUGGCAGGCAGCUUCUGAUAGGAGAUAAUCUGAUACUGCUGAUUCAUUUUGAAUCAUAGGAAGUCUGGAGUCGGUUGCCUCUUUGGCGCUCUUAAAACUGCUCUCAUCAAACUGGUGGCGUUUUUGUUUAAUGUCCAUUUACUUUGUUGUACAGUUAUACAGCCUAGUUUUAGUUUAUUGUAACUGUUGCCUUGAAAGAAAGUACGUGCGACCAGAAUGGCUUGUUUUUUAUUACUUUGACUUUUUGUACUGUCCCUUCAUGAACUAAUAAACCGUCUUCUAUUUGAA